AUGAAUUUCGACAAUACAAUGACCGGAGCCAAGCAAGUGUCAAGAUCCGAAUUAAAAUCGAGGGACUUUGUUCCGCGGGGGAACAAGUCGUCAUCUCCCUUCAAUACCACCCUGUACCUGAGUCUACGUGCCGUGGACUGCUACUGGCAAUACCUAGUCCUCUCCCAAGCCUAUGGGUCGGCACUCAUCAAAUUGCUUGGCGGCAGCAUCGUUGCGACUCCAGAACCGUAUGCAGGCACUCCACACUUUGAUGCUCUCGGCCUGUCUGGGUACAGACUUGGAUUGCUUGCCAUGAACGUCAUUGCCGCAGCCAAGCACUUUUGGUUUGUGCUCAAUGUCGCUGAAGAGGCCUGGACCCUGACAGGCGCCAUCGUCGUCGGGCUCGACAACAUUCUCUUCGACACGCUCAACAAUUUCCUCUUCCUCUGCGCUGCCACUUCGGCAACUUCUCAGGCUGCUGGAGAGAGCACGUGGAAUCCAUAUCUGGCCGCCGGCUUCGCUCUCUUCGUCAUCGGCAUUGCGGCCGAGUGCACUUGCGAAGUCAACCGUGGGCAGUUCAAGCUCAACCCCCAGAAUAGCGGAAAACCAUACACGAGCGGACUCUUCGCCAUCGUGAGACACCCAAACUACACCGCCUUUACCGUUUGGCGAGCCGGGCUGGCAGUUGCAACAAGCGGCGCGACCUACGGCAUCUUGAUUGCCACGUUCUUCAUGUGGGACUUUUCCAACCGGGCUGUUCCGGCGCUGGACGAGUACUGCUCCAAGAGGUAUGGGGAUAUGUGGGCCGAUUAUAAGCAGAAAACACGCUGGACCUUGAUCCGCUAUGUACUCUAG